AUGAGUUCUUCACCUACAUGGGCAUCGAUAAAUCAGAAGGUUUUCAUAAAAAACAGAUUCCACGGCUUGUCCAAUUAUCCUGUUAGUUAUGAUGGAGCCGCAGACUAUGCCGAUCAAGUCCGUAAAUGGCUUUUCCAAACAAGAUGCUGGCAAGCCGUUUUACAAUCCGCAGUCCCUUUUCCCGUACCACCAAACAACAAUCAAAACAUAAAUGCAACUCCUAUAAAUCAACAGAAUAACAACACGAUUGUGUCAAUCAAUGGAAGACGGUUACUCACAGGAACUUAUAAGAUGGCUUCGUUGCCACGACGAGCAUUAGCCGAACUUAUCGAUUGGUUUUUGUUGUUUUCUGUAAAAAUUCUUGGAAUAUAUUGGCUUAUAAGCUUUGAUGCUUUGGAUUUGUCACCUUACGAGAAGCUAAUUGGAAAAGAAGCUGAUAUGCAAAGUUUCAUUAAUGCUACACAGGAUGUUUUCCCAUUGGAAAUGGUGCUUAAAGUAUUUGGAAGCAUUCUGGAGGCAAUAUUCUUGUCCUAUGGCUAUUUAUGGUUUCCUCCUGGAGCAUCACCAGGAAAGAUUUUCUUGAAUCUCAAAGUAAUCUCAGCUCAUACGGUUAUUCCUACGGCUAACCCGAUGGAGGUCAUAGUAACCGGAGACGAAAAACUUCCAUUCCUUUAUUCUUUGUUACGAUCACUGGUGAAGAAUAUGAUUGUUAAUAUGUUGUUACCUGUCAGUUCCAUACUCUUCGGGUUCCAGUAUAACCGAGCGGUUUAUGAUCUUCUAGCCAAAACAAUAGUGGUGGAGGCUUAG